AUGAGUACGUUGCUGAGCACGAGGACGAUGCGUGCAUGUUUGAAGCGUUCUUUACGUUUGUCAUACAGUAAUUCAACUAUCAAAAACUCAAGGUUUUUGGCGGUUGAAUCUAAAGGUUACUAUAACAAACCUAAGUCCUUGGAUGACGUUUAUACGAAUGUUGGUUCGUCAAGUACAUCACCACGUGCAGGAAACGAUAUGUUUUAUGCUUCAACCUCGUAUGAUCAAGUUUUGACUAGAGUUGAUUCAGAAAUCCUCCAAACUUGGUCUUUAUAUGAAGCUUGUUUAGAAGGCAGAGAUUAUGAAAGAGCUGAUUUGAUGUUACAAAACAUUGCAACGAAACACUCAGGUUAUGGCUCUUACUUUCUCGAUGCAAUCAGUGAAUUUCUUAAGACGUGGGGUGCUGAGGAUGUGAAUACCAUGGAAGACGUACGCCGCUGGUUAACAUACGUUUGUUCCCUAGAUCGAAACUUUACUCCAGAUGCAAGAAUAUAUGCCUGGAUGAUCAAACUAUCAUUUGGGAAAACUAAUGAUGUUAAGGAAGCUAAUGACUUGUUGAUUGAGUACACCAAUUUAAGUCCAUCUAACAAAAAUGCUGACGUUUUGCGGUAUGUUGAUAUCAUCGGUUUGUUAAACAUAAAGAAAUUAGUCGAUUAUAAACCUAAGUUAGCCGAAGAUUUAGCAGGAAACUAUAGGGAUUUGUUUCUUGCUUUAUCUGAAGAGCAGAAAGAUUUAGAUAGCCCAUCAUCAGAGCCUGCUGUAAAUAACCCAAUCUCGUUAACUGAUAACGCUAAAAACCUUGAUGAAAAAACCGAUUCGGAUACCGAAAAGAUGCAAAAUAGUCAGUUGAAAUCUUUCUCAGAGAUUUCUCUAGAUUUAGCUCCAAAGGAAGGCAGUGCCAGAGAGCCAAACAAUACAGUGAUUGAUAAUAAUAUGGAAACUUUGAAGUCAGUCAGUUCAGAAAACUUGAAAAACAUUAGGCAUUCUCUGCUAGGUUUAGUUGAUUCGUAUAACGAUGGACAGUUUGUGAAAAAACUGGUUCAGUUAAUAGAGCUGGAAAAACUCGAUAUUGAUACUUCGCAGUUGAUCGAACAAACCAAAAACGGUACCAUAAAUCUUUUUGAAUUGAAGAACAAACUACCUUUAGCGCAACAUGAGAAGUUUGAUCAAAUUCUUGAUAACAUAUCGGAGAUGCGUGAAAGAAUUUUGGAGAGCUCAACUUUGGAAGCUGCCAAAUUGAAGUGGGAAAGGGAAUUUGAAAAUAUCAAAGAUAAAUCUCUUCCAUCGCCAGUUGGUGCUUAUUUACAUGACUGGCUACAAAAUUUGAUACCAUUGAUUGAAGAAGAAAUCAAAGAAUGUAAAAAGGCAAGAGAGCUACUCAUUAAUACUGAAGAAGGUAAGAAGGAACUCUCCAAAGCAGAUAUUCUAAGGUAUAAAGAGAAAUUAUCGUAUGGUCCCUUUCUAGAAGUUAUGAAGACACCAAAACUUGCCACAAUUAUCAUUUUGGACUCUAUGAAAAGUAUUGUUACAUCUGAUAUUUCCAGGGGUGUUCCAGUUUCCAAGUUGGUAAUGGGAAUUGGUAAAGGUAUCGAAUUGGAAUAUAAGUCUGAAAAGAUUCUAGCUGCAGAUGUGGAUGUUCACAAAAACUUUAAAGCCAUCAAGAAUACACCUGAAUUCAAGAAAUUUUUAAGAAGUUCCAAAGCUGCUGAUAUUGUCCAAAGGGUUGAAAAAUCAGUCUUGAGCAAUAACAAGAUCAGUUCUGAGUCUAAUACGUUAUCAUGGGAUGCCGAAUCUCUUUGCCGUAUUGGAUCUUUGUUACUUUCGUUUCUUCUUCAAGUCGCCAAGGUAGAGGUUAAGGGUGUUGAUCCAAGAACAGGCGAAACAAAGACCGCUCUUGCGCCUGCGUUCUAUCAUACUUAUGAUUUUCAAAAUGGUGGUCGUAUUGGUGUCAUUAAGCUAAAUCAGGGUUUUGCAAAUAAAUUGGGUAGUGAUCGUUUAGACCAGUCAAUUCAAGCACAGUACUUGCCAAUGGUUUGUAGACCUAAACCAUGGACUUCAUACAAUGAUGGUGGCUACUUUUUAAAAAGGGUUCCUGUUUUGAGAGCCAAGAAUGCCCCUGAGCAAGCGGCUUAUGCUAGGGCCGCUGCAAUAAACGGAAAGGUCGACAAAGUUCUAGAGGGUCUUAACAACUUAGGUAAUACCCCAUGGACAAUUAACAAGAGAAUGCUUGAGAUUAUUACCAAGGUUUGGAAUACUGGCGAAGCUUUCCUUGAGAUACCGAAGGCAACCGAAAAACUAGUACUUCCACCCCCACCACCAAAAGGUUGUGAGGCUGUUGAAGUGUUCAAAUACAGAAGAACAUGCACGGAAAUUUGCAAUGAGUUCUCCAAAAACCGUUCAAUGAGAUGUGACAUGAAUUAUAAAUUAGAGAUUGCAAGAGCUUUUGUUGGUGAAAGGAUUUUUUUCCCACAUUCUUUAGACUUUAGGGGAAGAGCCUAUCCUGUUCCGCCAAAUUUCAACCACUUAGGUAACGAUAUGUCUAGAAGUUUGCUUAAGUUUUGGAAAGGUAAGGAGUUAGGUCCACAAGGUUUGAGAUGGUUGAAGAUUCACCUUUCGAAUUUAAUGGGAAAAGAUAAGAUUUCUUUAGAUGAAAGGGCUGCUUUUAUUGACGAACACCUUGAACUGAUAAAAGACUCUGUGCGUGAUCCAUUGAAUGGUUCAGGUUGGUGGAAGUCAGCAGACAAACCUUGGCAAUUUUUGGCUGCUGCUACUGAAUUGGUCGAAGCGUUAGAAUUAUCUGACCCAACCAAAUACAUAUCGUUCCAACCAGUCCACCAGGACGGUACAUGUAAUGGAUUACAGCAUUAUGCCGCCUUAGGAGGAGAUAUCGAAGGUGCCAGACAAGUUAAUUUGAUUCCAGCAGAGAGACCUUCAGAUGUUUAUACACACGUUGCGAAUUCUGUUUUGAAGUCCGUGUCAGUUGACAAAGAAAACGGGGUUCCUGAAGCGGAAUUAACUUUACCUAUUAUUUCAAGAAAAAUCGUUAAGCAAACUGUCAUGACUUCUGUAUAUGGUGUUACAUACGUUGGUGCAAGGGCACAAAUAACAAAAAGACUCAAGGAAAUUGAGUUUGAUGAAGAUGGUGUUUCUGCUUGCUCCAAAUAUUUAACUGAAAAGGUUUUCAAAGCUAUCAGGGAAUUGUUUGACGGAGCGCAUGCAAUUCAAGAUUGGCUAGCAUUAUCUGCGAGAAGAAUUUCAAAGAGCAUCAGGCUUGAUGUAGAGCCGGAAGAAGGUGACGAAUUUAUCUCUUCAGUUAUUUGGACUUCACCUUUGGGGUUGCCUGUUGUCCAACCAUAUAGGACAGUCAAGAAUAGGUCUGUCAAGACCAAUAUGCAGACCUUUGUUAUUCAAGAUCCGUAUGGUGUGAAGAAGGUUGAUGGUAGGAAGCAAGCAAACGGGUUCCCACCUAACUUUAUUCACUCACUAGAUGCUACACAUAUGUUGUUGUCUGUAAAUAAAUGUUCUGAAUUUGGACUGUCCUUCUCUUCUGUGCAUGAUUCGUAUUGGACACACGCAGCUGAUGUUGAUACCAUGAAUUAUGUUUUGAGAGAACAAUUCAUAAAUUUACAUAAGAAUAACCUGGUUGCCAAAUUGAAGAGUGAAUUUGAAAGACGGUACGAAGGUUUCCUUAUGUGCGUUUCUGUUGACAAGAACGAACCAGUUGCGAUUGCUCUUAAAAAAUACAGAGAUGAGCUAGCAAAGAAAAUCGGACAUGCACCAACUUUUAUUGACGAAAUUAAACUUGAAAAACAAAGAAGACUUCUCUUAGCUUCAAACGACCCAGAGGAAGUCAAGCUCGGUAAGCAAUUAAGGACAUCAAUCACUGUUUUAGACGAAGUCGGGUACAGACACAACACCAUUCACGACAACACUGGUCAAUUUAAAUUUUUGGUGCCGUUCACACUACCCGAUAUUCCGCCAAAGGGUGAAUUUGACAUAUCGGUUGUUCAAGAUAGUCCAUAUUUCUUUUCAUAG